AAUAGUGAUAUGGAAAGUGUUAAACGACAUCAGACAAGUUCAAGUUUUCGAACAGAAAGCAACAAUCAAAUAAACCAUCAAAAUGUUCAAAUCCGCUAUUGUCAUCCUGGCCAUCGUUGCUUGUGUUGCCGCCAAACCAGGAUUCCUGGGUGCUCCUCUGGCAUAUACCGCUCCUCUAGCCUACACUGCCCCCGCAGCUGUCGUGGCUGCUCCUGCUCCAGUCGUAACAGCCACCAGUAGCCAGGUGAUCGCAAGGAACUUCAAUGGAAUCGCUGCUGCUCCAGUGAUUGCUCCUGUAGCUGCUCCAGUGGUCGCAAAGUACGCAGCUGCUCCGCUGGCGUACUCCUCCCCGCUAGCUUACACAUCUCCUUUGGGCUACAGUGCCUUGCCAUCUGCUCCAGUUCUUCUCUAAGAAGCUGUAAAAUAAAAAAACAAAUCGAACUCGAA